GGUAUUAUCAAUUUUCAUAAUUCAAGUAUUUUUUUUAGUCCUUUUUCCUUAGUUUUAUUACAAGAAAAUUUUCUAUAUUAUUCCAAUAAUAAACUCAUUCAUACAAAGUAGAGAAAAAAAAUGAUGCUGAAUUCUGCUUUUUCUUCAUUUGUUCAAUGGAGAAAUCCAAAGAAAAUGGUACAUUUCACUACUACAAAUAAUUUAAACAUGGAGAAGCUCAGAGAACAAUUAGACCAUCUUCACAAAGAAGCUCAAGACACAAGAAACAAAGCCAAUAAUGCAAGAUCGAGGUUACUUAGGUUGUCUGAAGCAGCAGAGAAGUUUCGGAGACAAGCAGCCAUUAGUGUUCGAACAGGAAAGGAGAAUGACGCCAGGGAUUUACUAUUUCAAAAGAAGAAGAUUAUGCAAGCCAUGGAGAAGUCAAAGAGUCGCAUUGAAUUACUCGAUGAGCUUGCAGCAAAGCUUAAUGAGGCGAUAACUAUGAGGGAGAAGCAGUUGAUUGGAAAUGUGGCUUUAGACCUUGAGAUUGCUACAGAUGAUGCUCCAAGUCCUGUCCGAAUAGUAUCUCCGAAGGAUGAUAAUCCAGACAAUUCAGAUGAAAACGAAGACUUCAACCCUGAAACAAUAAAUCUAGACGAUAGCCAAGAAUUGCAAGCUCCCAAUGACAGUAAUGCAGACCUCAAAACCGAUAAUGAAUUGAAAGAUCUCGAGGCAUCAACAAGUGGGAACGUGUCCAAGGAAGCCGACAGGAUCAAUAAUUUAAAGGGGGUAUCUUCAUUCGAGGAAUUUUUGGAACGUAUAGACCAACAACUGAGAGACAUUGAAGUAGAACUUGUAACCUUUUUGAGAUUUUCAUCGUUAAUACUUGAAAGCAAAGAGAAACUAGAAAACUCAAAAGUACAGCAAGCACUCGAUGUUCUUGAGGGUGUUCAUCAGCUUAGAGGGAGAAUUGAAAGCAUAGUGCAGAAAAAAGCCGGUGUACAUUGAAGGCUUUUUGCGCUAAAUGCAGUUCUUGCAGUGGCUCCUGUUGGCAGUGGGACUUCGCGAAGAUCCUAAGCACUCUCUCAGAGAACAAAGUUGCCGUAAGAUAUGCCACAGCCUUCUUCCACCGAUGGAUAUGAAAUCGAUCAUGCUCCAUUGUAAUAUACAUCUACACUUACCAAAUCUGAGAUCUCCAUUUUUCAAUUGUACAUUCAAGCAAUCAUUAUCUCCAGUAUAUUUUCUGUGUCACCGCGCGCUCUAUGAGGUGGCUCAAUUUUAUAGCUGAUUUUUUACAAAGUUUAUCUGAUGAACAAUAUUUAAGUCUUUCUUUUCUAUCUCUACAAUGAACAUUUUCUGCA